GCCACCAGCCGUCCGUGACGCUCCUAAUGUGCUCGUUUCGGGUAGUUUACGAUUUUUGUAUCCAUCAGCCUCUCCAUGCAAAUAAGCAGCCGGAGGCAGUGUGCUGAUGCUGUCUGAGGGAAACUGCAGCGCGGACUUCAGUGUGUUACAUGACUGUAGGUGCUGAAAUCAAACCUGCUGCGUAAGUCUACACCGAGAGACACGCUGUAUUGUGGCAUAUGGAGAAAACCAGAGGAGCUUUGCCAGGGAAAGGUAUCCAGUAUCAGUCGUAGCCACGUCCUAAAGCCCCGUUUGAAGGAUCCAUUGAAGACCACCCUGAUCAAAGGCAGCUUCUGUAGUCUUGUAUGAAUGUGAGAGGAUGCAUAAGACUGUCCAAGGGUCUGAUCAAAGCGUGCACUGACCCGAGACGCCAGUCAACAUCAGGUAUCCAUGAGGACAGAACAGGAAGAAGAUGGAAGCGGUCGAUACCUUACACACUAUGUGUUCUGUGUAGAGAAUAAACCCUUGUGCUUGCAUUCGGCCUCUCAGUCCUGUCCCGCUGUGUUCUGCCAUUCAAGCAUGGGGCACAUUGUGGAUUUACCUUUGCGAAGGAUGUGGCCCUUGGCUGCUCUGCUGGUCCUGUCCCAGUUCACGAGCAGCCUGGGCAUCCACAUGGAUUCGGUGGGCAGUCACAGCAUGUUCACCUGCGAGUCAAUCGGCCUCCGAAUGUGCCAGGAUCUUCCCUACAACACCACCUUCAUGCCCAACCUCCUCAACCACUACGACCAGCAGACCGCCGCUCUGGCGAUGGAGGUAACCAUGCUUUUCCUUCUGUCUUAUACAGCUGGGAUUUAG